AUGAAGAGCGGUUUGGAUUAUCGAAAUAAACUAAUUCUGGCGCCGAUGGUGCGUGUUGGUACCCUACCAAUGCGCUUGCUUUCACUGGAGUAUGGUGCCGACUUAGUCUACACCGAGGAAAUCAUCGAUUGGAAGUUGUUGCGGGCUGAAAGACACACAAAUGAGGUGCUCGGAACGGUGGAUUAUAUCGAUACCACAGAUGGCACGGUUGUGUUUCGUACUUGUCCGGUUGAACGUGAGCGAGUGAUUCUACAGAUUGGCACAGCUUCCGUGGAACGGGCUGUUGCUGUAGGAAAACUGGUGCAGCAGGAUGUGGCUGCCAUCGACGUGAACAUGGGUUGCCCAAAGGAUUUUUCGAUCAAAGGCGGCAUGGGAGUUGCGCUACUGUACGAUCUACCCCGGGCGAAGGCCAUCCUUGAAGCUCUAGUCCAGGCCGUGACUAUUCCUGUGACUUGCAAAAUCCGUGUCAUGCCCGAUCCCGACGAAACGGUACAGCUAGCCCGGGAGUUGCAAUCAACCGGUAUCAGUGCGAUCGGUGUUCACGGGCGCACGAAAACGGAACGACCACGUGAUCCAGUUAAUGAAGAUGCAAUUGCUCGGGUGGCCACUGCGCUGCACAUUCCGGUCAUUGCGAAUGGUGGUUCACAAAGCAUUACACGCCGCCACGAUGUGAUUAAAUUCACGCAACGUUGCUCCACUACUAGCGCUAUGGUGGCACGGGCCGCCGAGUGGAACUGUUCCGUUUUCCGGCCAGAUGGUCCGCUUCCGCUAGACGAUGUCAUCCGUCGGUACCUCGAGCUGUCCGUGCGUUACGACAACUCACCAUCGAACACCAAGUACUGCGUGCAGAUGAUGCUGCGCAGUUUGCAGGAAACGCCAAUCGGUAGAAGGCUACUGGACAGCCAAACUAUGCAGCAAAUCUGUGACAUCUGGGAUAUGGGCGAGUACUGUCGGGAGACACAGCUACGCUAUCAUUACGCCGGAAUCAAAGGAAGACGCGCCUGCCGACCCCGUACACUCUCGGUUAGCGACGAAACGGGGAAGGAUGGCAGUGAGCCAGCCGCGAGCAAGAAACAAUGCAUCGAAGAAGUCGAACCCUCGGAACCGUUGAUCGAGGAGAACAUUUGCUUCAUACGGUCGAACUUCACAGACGAUAAGGAACUACCAAAAUCGAAGCUGUACCUACACGCCAUUCGUGGGGGGUUACCUCGAGCACAGUACGAGGUAGAACAGAAAGACAAGCUGUUUCGGGCGAUUAUCCGGUUCGAUGGACAACGGUACACUAGCUCGUUCUGGGAGAAGAACAAACGUUAUGCCGAGCAAGCAGCAGCCUUGGUUUGUUUGCUCACUCGAGGCGUGGAAUCGCGAGACGAGCUGAUCCGGAACGGGGCCAUGCUUCCCGCCAAAAAACCAACUGAUGGUGAAAGUUGUUUAGAAAGCUCGAUAGCCGAAAGCAUUAGCGUGCAGCACACGAUGAUUUCGGCCUCAAAUCUCGACUUCAAAGAAGAAGGGAAAAGUUGUUAGCAAAAUCAAUACCGAACGUCUAUCUCGAAUGAGCAAUAAAACCUCCGAACACGCCAACGGGU